AUGAAGGACGAGAAAGAUGAUGCCGAAUUUGUGCUGCCUUUGGAUAAUCUUCCAUCCAGAUGCUCAUCUUUGGGUUGCUCCUCUCGUUUGUACUACUACAGGCGAACCACGGAAGGGGUUCCCUUUCAGUGGGAGAUGCAACCGGGGACCCCCAAGGAUCAGCCAUACACGGAGGCUGUUACGCUGCUCAUCACUCCACCGCCGGCUGCGCUCAGCCUACGCCCGCCGAAGCCAGCGAGGACUCAGGGUAAACAAUCGUUGUUUCUGUUGUUUAGGCCGUGGAGGAAGCAGUCCAAGUCCAAGAAGCAUUCUUGUCUGUCGGAUGAGUUUGAGGAUGGACGUUCGAGAUUUGGGUCUUGUGGGUCCCAAUGUGAGUUUAUCCAAUCACCAUGCCAGCCAAAAUCUUCUUCUUCUUCUUCUUCUUGGUCGUCGUUGCCGGCGGCGGAAUCUUCCGCUCACCGGCGGUUGGGAUGCGGUCCGUGGAGGAUCAACCCACUAAGAAUUGCUAUUGGAAGGCGAGUUUGAUUUCAAAUAUUCUCUCCUUUCUUUAUUGCU